AUGACCGCGAUCUGUGCACACCCAUCCCAGUACCAUCAUUACUUUUAUCUCGGAUGUGAUUCAGUGCAACAAUCCUACCUGGUAACUGUGCAUUCUACUGCGGUACAUAGCUAUCUGCAGUGGUGCUACUGCAUGUAUGAAACGGGAAAAGUAGACAGUUGCGAUAAUGGCGAUGACAAUAGUGUAGUGGCACUGCCGGUGGAAGAGACGAUGAUGCUGGCAGGGAUGGGACUGAAAUCGAUUGGAGCUUUUUGUUGCUUUGAAGGAGUAGCUUUAGUGGUGGCUAAAAACAGUGCAUUUUUGCUAAAUGUAUACUUUCGGGCUGCUCGAACAGCAGUGAGAAGCUGGGGAGGGGACAGUGGGCCAAACAUACCAUCGGUACCGUGGAUAAUGGUUGCAUCUCAAAAAAGAGCAGUAACCGCAUCAGGUGUGCGUGUCACCAGUGGCAGCUCCGAUCUCGGUCCAUAG